AUGCGGUGCUCCAGGUGGCUCCUUGCAGCCAGCCUUGGGGUUGGCGCUCUCGCCCGAGUGAACGAAGACGCCGACCAGCCGAAUACAGUCCAUCACCGCCAUGAAGAACUCGGUGAGGCUGGAUUCGAAGAAUGGGUCCGUGACCUGGUCGAUGAGAUUGAGGAAGGUCUCGAUGAUGACGACGACGAGGACAAGCGUUCCCUCCAAGAGGCAAAUGACAUCUCCGGACGAGGCAAUUUCAAUCUGGACCAAGUUGUGCACGAUGCCGCUUCUUCACUGAUUCAAGAGCUUGAGAUUGACGUCGCCGAGAACGGAUUCGAGGACAUCGCCGAGACCUUGUCCGAGUACGAGGAGCUCAAUGAGCGGCAAGUUGAUCCCACCACGACUGUUGCACCUCCAGUCUCACCUUCGUGUGCGCACUGCGCUUCACCCGCGGUCUCCAAGAAGAAUUGCAACAUCUGUCACGGCUCUAAAGACGCUCCUCAUCCCGUCGAACGCAAUUUCAAGCCAUUCCCACCAAAGCCUGAGGACCUCGUUACCAAAAUUCCAGCCGAUGUCACUCCUGGUUGGACCUCGACCUCCAAGACCCGCACCAAUGGCCAUCGAUGGAACUGGAAGGUCAUGGUCUACUCUACAGAGCCUACGGGUUUUGCAGUCACAUACAAGGACCACCAUCAUCACACGACUUUGGCUUUGGGACAAUACGACGCUGCUCUUCAACCUCCGGCCUUUAUUUGGUACACAGCCAACGCCGAUCGCAACGCACUGGAUGUUCUGAGAAAGGCCCAGCACCACAAUACCACCCACCGAGGUGUUGCUGCAAGAAAUGGUCUUGAGAUUGACGAGCUGUUCACCAGCAUUGUCGCCCCGGACUUCUUGUUGCACGCCCCUUCCAGCCUUGUCUCUACGUACACAACCGAGGCACAAGGACAUUCAGCAACUGCGACAUUGACCUUCAAGUCUCCUGAUGUCGAUGGCACCUUUACGGUUGACGAUGCGACGUUCACUGCUCAUGGCAAGGUUGACCUCGCGGCCACUCCUCCUGUCGUGGUGGCGACAAUGAUCAACGAUGACGAAAUCCUUACGACCACGAUCCCACUGUCGUCUUCUGACGUUCCGGCUGAGACCGGCAUGCCAAUUGCCAAGCGUCUCUACGGAGUGCUGCCAACCCGAGUCACCCCUGGCCAGGUGUAUACUCACACCAACGUCGAGAACGGCGAGUCUACUACGGCCACAAUCAAGGUCACGGCAACCAAACCGAAUACUGGAUUCGCAGUCACUCUGCACAGCGGAAGCUUCACACGAACAGUCAAUGCCCACAUCGUCAAAACCGCAACUCCUCCAGUCAUUGUACAGACUCUCACCGUUUCUGGCGUCGGGUUUGUACAGACAGAUGUCUGGGGAUCUCAGAAGGCCCACGCAUACCUGCCACACGCAACUUCCCACCCCACCGGUUCGAAGCAUGGAGCAUCUCACUUCUCGAAACCUACAAAUGCCACCGCAUCUUCAGCACACGCCUCCAACGGCACACUAGCGGCACCAGCGGUGUCCACGAUCGUGGAGACACACAUCCAGACGAAGACUGUCAAGGCAGGAGGUACUCUCACCAUCACCCAGACCUUGUCCGAGGAGCCCAUCGCUUCUGAAGCUGGAUGGACUGUCACGGCAAACAGGCAUGGGUAUCGCGGUCUUUUCUCGCUACCGUCAUCGACGCCUGAUGCUAUGCUGCAAACCUCUAAUUGCAACGCUACCGAACUUCUCAAGCUCGAUGUGUACAAUGAAGAGAUCAGAUUCCUCAGAGGGUUGACUUGGGAGCAGAAGAAGACCCAUUACGCAUAUCUCGGCUGGAACUACAUCGAAUCGCUGAUCAAACACGUUCACCAUCUGAACAAGAUUUUGGAUCCAAAGGAGGUCGCUGCACGGGCUAUUUACUGCAUGAGACACGAGAUCGACCCCCUGGACACUUGUCCCUGCAACACACGAGCACGGCCGCAGCUCAACGCACCUCAUCCAGCGAAGCCUGCUGUGACUACAGAGUUCAUCGCGCGGUUUGGCCCAGGUCUUCUAUCACACGAAGUCAUCACACCUCCGGCCACACUUACUGACGGCGGCAAGACGAUGAAGUUCGAGUUGGCUGAAGACACUUCCGAAGGCGAGUCACACAAGACCCAUCGCAAGCACCAUUCCAGUAAGCAUCAUUCGGAUGAUGUUCGCCAUUCUACAUCAAGUCUUCGCUUCGAUGCGCUUGAGCCGCUGCAGACAAUGACUGUCUUCCUUGACGAUGUCCCACCUGCCAUCCUCGGAAUGCCCAAGUGUGAAAAGGAAGCGACUCCGCAAUGCAUGAAAGAUGACCAGGGCAAGCGCAACAAGACGGAGUGCAAGAUCGAGAAGUGCAUGUGGAAAUUCGUGAAGCCCAUCAACAUCACGACCGCGUUGCCAGCUCUGAUGACUGACCCAUACGGUACGAGCACCUACUUCGACUACUUCACCCAUAUCACAUACAUCAGUGGUCGACCGCAUUGGGGCACGACUUCAACGGCAGGCAUCUAUUACCCAAUGGGUUACAACACCACUAUCGACGAAGGUGUAUGCACCAACAAGACUGCGUAUCGAGAAUCACGUGCGACGACCGUCUCUUCCAAGAAAGCUUUCCCACAGUCGAUGCUCGGUCACCUCACGGACCCCAAAGUCCAAGGUGAUCCUGAGUGCUGGAACAGGAAGACAUGCCGUCGUAUGUGCGAGGCUGAGGUCAAGAGGAGCAGUUUCUUCGGCAGCAAAACCGCCAAGGUCCUCAUGGCUGUUCUCGGUGCGCUCGGUGGCCUCCUUAUCCUUGCACUGCUUGGGUGCUGCUGCCUUACAUUACUCCACCGACGACACAAGAAGACCAAGAAGGAAGAACGUGAAGGCAACUCGGUCAUGGGUGGCCACGCUGUCGACCCAGUCACUGGAAGAGAAGUCGAUCCAGCUACAGGGACUGAUGCGGUCACUGCGGGUUCUGCUCUCGGUCCUGCAACUGCUGCCGCUGCAGCCAAGCCCGGAGCUAGGAACGCUGGAACUCUUGGACGACAAGCCGAGGAAGGUCGUGGUCGUGUCCACUUCCCUAACGAGAGUGCGACUGCUGCUGGUGCUGCUGGAGCUGGUGCCGUCGCAGGUGAAAAGGCUCACGGUGGUGAGAAGUCCGGCAAAGGUGGAACUGGCAUCACCGGUGGAGGUGCUACCGAAGCCAAGGGCACUGGAGCUUCUGGAGCGGGUAAAGGUGCUGCUGUCGCGUCCGAGAAGGUCGCAGUCGAACCUGCCAAGCAUGUCGAGACUGUUGCCGCCCACGACGGCGCCGACUCACGCCGCGCUGGAAGCGAGAUGGCCGACACGGGCAGCAUGCGAGGUCGUCGUCCCAAUCGCCAGGACGAACAAGGCUUGAUCUGA